CGGGCCGGUGCCAACAUGGCAGCGGCGGGGGCCGGAGCGGCGGCGGCGGCGGCCACGGCCGGGCCCGCGGGGGAGCACGAGCCCGGGCCCGCCAGCGCCGCUCACCGGCGGCUCAAGUACAUCUCCUUGGCGGUGCUGGUGGUGCAAAACGCCUCGCUGAUCCUCAGCAUCCGCUACGCCCGGACUCUGCCCGGAGACCGCUUCUUUGCCACCACAGCCGUGGUGAUGGCCGAGAUCCUAAAGGGGGUCACCUGCCUGUUGCUCAUCUUCAUCCAGAAGCGAGGGAACGUGAAGCAUUUUGUGCUGUUCCUGUACGAGGCGGUGCUGGUGCAGUAUGUGGACACCCUGAAGCUGGCCGUGCCUUCCCUCAUCUACACCCUGCAGAACAACCUGCAGUAUGUGGCCAUCUCCAACCUGCCCGCCGCCACCUUCCAGGUGACGUACCAGCUGAAGAUCCUGACCACGGCCCUGUUCUCCGUGCUGAUGCUCCGCAAAAGCCUGUCGCGGCUGCAGUGGGCCUCCCUGCUGCUGCUGUUCACCGGCGUGGCCAUCGUCCAGGCUCAGCAGGCGGGGGCCGGCGGUGGGGGGGCGGCGGCCCCGGGCCGUAGCGCGGACCAGAACCCCGUGGCGGGGCUGGCGGCCGUGGUGGUGUCUUGCCUGUCGUCGGGCUUCGCCGGGGUCUACUUCGAGAAGAUCCUGAAGGGCAGCGCGGGGUCCGUGUGGCUGCGGAAUCUGCAGCUGGGCCUCUUCGGGACCCUGUUGGGGCUGGCGGGGCUCUGGUGGGCCGAGGGCCCGGCCGUGGCCCAGCGGGGCUUCUUCUUCGGGUACACGCCGGUGGUGUGGGGGGUCAUCCUCAACCAGGCCUUUGGGGGGCUGCUGGUGGCCGUGGUGGUCAAGUACGCCGACAACAUCCUCAAAGGCUUCGCCACUUCCUUCUCCAUCGUCGUGUCGACGGUGGCCUCCGUGCGGCUCUUCGGCUUCCGCGUGGACCCGCUCUUCGCCCUGGGGGCCGGGUUGGUCAUCGGGGCCGUCUACCUGUACAGCCUGCCCAAGGGGGCCGCCCCUCCCGGCCCCGCCUCGGCCUCGCCGUCCGCCGCCGCCCGCCGCCCAGACCUGACGGAGCCCUUCCUGCCCAAGCUGCUCUCCAAGGAGAAGGGCUCCUAGCCCCCAGCAGGGAAGAUGCCAUGGUGCCACGAAAGACUUCUGUGCCACAGCCCAGCUGCCCGCCCCCUCGGUUUGGCACUGCCAUCCUCAAGUGCCUCAGUAACAGACUUCCUGAUGCCAGCCGCGCUCUUCUCUGGGGAAGUCCCCUCUCACCUUUCUCCUCCCCGACCCUGGAGGAGACCACGUUCAGUAUUACGGGGGCAAGUCAUUUCCAAGGUCAGCCCUGCCCUCUCAAA